UCACGUGACAAUAAGGUCCCGAAGUCAUAUCACGAGACACGCACGUGAAGCCCAACCACCACCCCUCAGCCUCUCUUGAAUAUAAAUCCCACCCCUCUCCCAAAGUUCACCUGUGCCACCACACGCCCAAAGAGAAUCACUUGCAGCAAAAAUGGUGAGCGUCGAGGAAUUCUGCCGUGCCCAGAAAUCACAAGGCCCUGCCACGAUCCUGGCCAUCGGAACGGCGAACCCCCCAAACGUUUACGAGCAGAGCACGUUCCCAGAUUAUUUUUUUCGAAUCACCAAGUCCGAACACAUGACACAGCUGAAAAGCAAGUUCAAGCGCAUGUGUGAAGGGUCCAAGAUCAAGAAGAGGUACCUGCACUUGACGGAGGAGAUGGUGAAAGAGCACUCGAACAUGUGUUCGUCCACGGAACCCUCCUUGGAUGUAAGGCAAGACAUUUUGGCGGUGGAAGUGCCGAAGCUAGGGAAAGAAGCAGCAGCCAAGGCCAUCAAGGAAUGGGGGCAGCCCAAGUCCGAGAUCACCCACCUGGUGUUCUGCACCUACGGCGGCAACGACAUGCCGGGCUGCGACUACCAGCUCACCAAGCUCUUGGGCCUCCGCCCAACCGUCAAGCGGUUCAUGAUGUACCAGGUGGGUUGCUACGGUGGCGGCAUGGUCGUCCGCCUCGCCAAGGACCUCGCCGAGAACAACAAGGGGGCUCGCGUCCUCGUCGUGUGCGCCGAGAUCACCAUGGCCGCCUUCCACGGGCCCAACGAGGCCUUCAUGGACAACCUCCUGGGCCACGCCCUGUUCGGCGACGGCGCCUCCGCGCUCAUCGUGGGCUCAGACCCCGUCCCGGAAAUCGAGAGGCCCCUGUACGAGAUUAUCUCCGCGUCCCAGACCCUCAUCCCCAACAGCGAGGGCGCCAUCAGCGGACACGUCCGCCAGAUCGGGCUCACCAUCAACCUCCUAAAGGACGUUCCGACCUUUAUCUCUAAGAACGUUGAGAAGUGCAUGACGGACGCAUUCCACCCUCUGGGCAUCACGGACUGGAACUCGCUCUUCUACGUCGCGCACCCCGGCGGGCCCGCGAUCCUCAACGAAGUCGAGGCCAAGUUGAAGCUCAAGCCCGAGAAGAUGGACCGGUCGAGGUACGUGCUCGGUGAGUAUGGCAACAUGUCUAGCGCGUGCGUCUUCUUCGUAUUGGACGAGAUGAGGAAGAAAUCGGUUAAGGAAGGGCUCAAGACCACCGGAGACGGGCUCGAAUGGGGGGUGCUCUUCGGAUUUGGUCCUGGCGUCACCGUCGAGACCGUCGUCCUCCGCAGCGUGGGCUUGUCCGCUUAGGGCUUCGCGUUGGAUCCAGCCUCGCCUGCCUGCCUGCCUCUUCCAUCUAUCCCUAUUUCCACUUACGAUAUGUUGUUAAUCAUGUCUUUUCGAUGUUAUUCCAAAACCUUUUCGGUGUAUGUUUUGGAUCGUGAUGCGAUGGGGAGUGACCGUUCAAUGUUGUAAGUUGCACCCCAUCUUUAACUAUCAAUGCACUUAUGUUAUGUAUCAACCAAGAGUCCAUAUUCGCCUCGAAAUUAAUAAUACAUUUCCAUAUGAAACAAGGACUUUCUU